UUUUAAAUGAUGUACAUAUAUCCCCUCCUAAUCUCUGAAAGAUCCGCGUGCUGCUCAAUAGUGCACUUUAGCUGCUGGGCGGAUCUUGAAUAACUUACAUAUAAUUACCAGCAAAGCAAUCAACCUCACCGCUGCGCCACCGACGACACCCAGACAAACAAUCAUAUACAGUUGAAACCAUCAGUUCAAGAACAUACACACCUCAAAAUACCUGAAACCCAUAUACCCCAAUAAUCACCCGACAAUGUCCCCAACAACCCCAGACACAUUCAAGGGCUGGGUGGCCCACAACGCCACCAGCCCCCUAACAUUCACGACCUUCAACCCUAAACCAUUCACAGCAACCGACAUCGAAGUCGCAGUCUCCCACUGCGGGAUCUGCGGGACAGACAUUCACACCCUCCGCUCAGGCUGGGGCCCUGCAGACUACCCCUGCGUAGUCGGCCACGAGAUCAUCGGCACCGUGACCCGCAUUGGCUCAGGCGUCCCAACGCUGGCAUCAUCCCCAGCCUCCCGCGAGAUCCGCGUCGGAGACCGGGUUGGGAUCGGCGCGCAGAGCAUGUCUUGUCUGAAAGCGGACUGCGCCGAGUGCGCAGACGGACAGGAGAACUACUGUCCCCGGAUAACAGGGACGUACAACUCGCGGUACGCCGACAAGAGCAAAGCAUACGGGGGCUUCGCGAUGCACUGGCGUGGGCCGGCGCAUUUUGCGUUCAAGAUCCCCGACUCGCUGCCCUCGGCUGAGGCGGCGCCAUUGCUAUGCGGUGGGGUUACUGUGUUUGCGCCGUUGAGGAAGUACGGCGCCGGGCCGGGGAAGUCGGUUGGGAUUGUGGGCAUUGGGGGACUGGGGCAUUUGGGGAUAUUGUUUGCGAGGGCGUUGGGGUGUGAUCGGGUGGUGGGGAUUUCGCGGACGUCGAGUAAGCGGAAAGAUUCAAUUGAGGGACUUGGGGCGGAUGCGUUCAUUGCUACCGAUGAGGAGAAGAAGUGGGGGAGGACACAUUCGCGUUCCCUAGAUCUGAUUAUCUGUACUGUUGAUGCGCCGGAUAUGCCGUUGAGUCAGUAUCUGCGGUUGCUGAAGGUGGAUGGGACGUUUGUGCAGGUCGGGGCGCCUGAGAAGCCGCUUCCGCAGUUGACGGCUUUCUCUUUGAUUCAGAAGGGGGUGAAGGUUACCGGGUCGAAUAUUGGUUCGCCGGAGGAUAUUCGGCUUAUGCUGCAGUUGGCAGCUGAGGAGCGCGUGUUGCCGUGGAUUCAGAAGAGACCAAUGAAGGAUGUGAAUGCGGUGUUGGCUGAUAUGGAUGCUGGUAAGGCACGGUAUCGAUAUGUGUUGGUUAAUGAGACGGAGAAGCAAGCGAAGUUAUAGGAUGUACCAUGUGGGCGUUGGUUUCUGCUGGAGUAGGGUAGGCCGGUGCUUGAUAAAAUAGAGGGGCGCACGUUGAGUCUAGGGCAGGGUGCAGAGUAUGUACAAGUGUGACUUAUGGAGAUUCGGGGACAGUCUUGAAGUCUAAGCCUCAUUCAUUUCCCUGUUUGAUGCAUUAGGUAGAGUAUCAAAUCUAGGAAAACACCCUUCCCGAUAAUAAGUCCUUAAUUGAGAGAAAACUU